CUGUGCCCGUCCUUAUUGUCGUCCUUGUCCCCUUUGUCACCCUCCCCCUAAACCUCCCCCUCGUCCCAAUUCCUCAUCCCUACUUGGCUCCCGGCAGCCCGCCGGGGGCUUCUUGCACUCCUGCUGCUGGGAGCUCCAAGCAGGGCCAUGCCGUGGCUUCUGAGCAAGGAGCGGCGGCAGUCGCCCUCCAGCAGCAGCAGUGGGCAGCCCUGGGCUGCCACCAGCUCCAGCAGCGCCUCCCAGCUCCGGGAGCAGGGGCUGGGCAGGCUGCACCGCGCGGCCGCCCGCGGUGACCUGGGCUGGCUGAGGCGGUGGCGCUGGUACAUCAAGGUAGUCGGCAUCGACAGGCGAGACCAGGAGAUGCGGACACCUCUGCAUCUGGCUUCGGCCAAUGGCCAUGCAGAUGUCGUGAGAUAUCUGCUAAGAAAGAACAGCCAGCCCAACCUCGCUGACAGCUUCAAGAGAACGGCCCUGAUGAAGGCAGUCCAGCAGGAGCAGGAAGAAUGUGUUGCUGUUCUGCUGGAACACGGUGCCGACCCCAAUCUGGCAGACGCGGACGGCAACACUGCCCUUCACCUGGCUGUCCUCUCUAAAAAUACAGCUGUAGCAGGGCUGUUACUGGAGCAUCAUGCCAAGAAUGAUGCUCAGAACCAGUGGGGAUUUACCCCCUUGAAACUUGCAGCCUUGCAACAGCAUGAGGAGAUUGUGGAGUGCCUUGUGAGCAAAGCAGCUGACAGGCACGCUCAAGGCCAGGGGGAAAGGACUGCUCUUGUGGUUCCUGGAAGCCAUGAGGCUCACCUGGAGGAAGAUAAUCUGCGCUUCCAGGAGGAGUUGGACAGGGCUGACGCGGAGCUGCGGGAGGAGGAAGAAAAGCAUCUUCAGUCUGAGCAUCGCGUUUGUGACUUGAAGACUGCCUUGGAUGACAAGGGAAGAGAAGCAAUAACAUCUUCCCAGAAACUGCAGGACCUCCCGUUGGCAUCUUGCGAGACUAACAUGACUGUAAAACAACUGGAAGAAGAGGCGCAAGACUUUGCAAGUGAAAAGAGCAGAUUGGAAGGCACUGUCCAGCAGCCAAGCGAUGGCGUUGAAGCCCUUCCGAGAGCCCUGCAAGCCUCUGCCUCAGGUGGUGAACUUUCCCAGCAGCUGGACAUGGAGCCUAGAAGAGGCAUGCCGCUCGAGGCUCAAAAGCAGGCUUUGCAAGGAGAGCUGUCCAGUCUGCGUGGGAAGUGUGAAAACCUGGAGAAGAGCAAAUGUCAGCUGCAAGAAGAGGUGGCAGAACUCGCUCAUCAUUUGGAGACUUUGGUGCUGGAUGGCAGCCAAAGAGAAGAAUGUAGAAGAGACGUGGAGGAACGAGCUGACCAGGAAAGAAGUCAAAAGCUACAAGACGUCAGCCUCGUUUUGCAAGCACAGGCCCGAUUAGGACAAAUCAGAGACAGUCAUUGUGAUUCCGUGAGAAUCCAGUUGGAAGACAGAAUUAGAGGCCUCGAAAGUGAAUUGGACAGGGUAAAAAGAACCCAACAAGAGAGUGCUUCUCGUAAAGAAGCAACGCAGGCAGAAAUGACGAUGUACAAAGACCUGUAUCUGGAGGAAGUGAAAACCAGAAGAUGCCUAGCCAAGAAAGUGGAAAGGUUGGAAAAGCUUCUGAGGCUAGAGAGGAGGAAAGUCAGGCUUAAUGAAGAGAAAGAAAGCCAGCCCCAGCUGGAGGAAAUGAAGAAGAGUUAUUCUGAAAAGGUCAAGGAAGUUGACAGAUUACGAAGAGAGGUGAGCCUUGCUCUGGGUGGGGCUUUUUGGUUGUUCCUUCUUUUGAAAGCUGGGAGACGCUUUCCCUCUAUUUCUUGUCAU